AUGGCUGCAAGCAAUAUAUAUUCUUCAAAACCAUUGGUAGUAUCAAUAAAUAAUUAUUCUUACAAUAAUGUAAAUAAGACAACAAAUGUUGACGAUGAUUUUGAUUGUGUCAAAGUCGAAAUUUCGGAUCUUGAUAAUAAUUGUCCAAAUCCAACAACAUUAAGUUUAAUGAGAUGUAAAACACAAAUACUUCAUCCAUUUCGAAAAUUACUUUGUUUAAUUGGUUGGAGACCAUUCGGUGUUGAUAGUUUGCACCGUUCAUCGAUUUUCCUUCGUAUAAUUAAUAUUAUUUAUCCAAUUUUUAUAUUACUAUUACUUCUAUUUAAUUAUACUUAUGAAAUUAUUAUUUGUCAAGGAAAACUUAAUGUUAGAACAGAUACACAAACAACAACAACAACAAAGACUACUAUAACGACAGCAAGCAUUCUAACAACGAGUUCAAUUAAAAAUCAUUCAGCAGGAACUUGGGCAACAUUAAGACCUGGAAUAACUAUACCACAUACAAGUAUAAAUAUGACUUUGCUGCACACACAUGUUCAAUGUGGUCAUAUAUUUACUACUUAUAUAUUAGCUGAUAUAUUUCAUUUUCUUGCUUUUGUUAUUGGUUUUCUUUAUUUUCGUGUUACUGAAGGUGAACCUAUGUAUUCUCUAAUGGAAAAAGUUUUUAUUUAUGCUGAUCAAAAUGUACGUCUAUCUGGUACAAUUCGAGCUAUUCGACGAUUAAAAUUAUUUCUAUUGAUUGGAUGUUUAUGGGUGAUUGCAUCUGUAGCUACACAUGCUCUUUCAAAUGCUAUGAAUGAUUUUGCUCAUACACUCAUUUUUCGUGAAGGACCGAGUCAUGUUGUAGAAGAAAAACCUUUAAGAUAUAUACUUUUUACAAUUGACCUUAUUUGUCUUCUUAUUUCAAAUUGUAUUCAUAUGGCUGUUGCUAUGAAUUACGUGUGUCAUUGUGAAAUGAUAGUUUUUUAUUGUAAAGCUAUUCGAAUACGUUUAGAAGAAAAGUCAAUACAUCUUCUUGAAGCUAUGAAACGAAUUCUUGAUCUUGGUACAUCAAUAAGUCAAUUAAAUAGUGCAGCAUCACGAAUGAUGUCAAUAUUAAUUAUUUUCUUUCUUGAACGCACUAUACUUGGUUUUAUCUUAUUGGUCGUCAAUCGAAUAUUUCAAGUUAAUAUGUGGAUUUAUCGAUCUUUGUAUACAGUGAUUUGGUUUUCCAUUCUUGCUUUUUGUCUUGGACAAGCAGCUCGAGUAACAUCUAAAUGUGAUAAAUUUUAUCGUAUUAGUCUUUCAAUGCGUGUCUAUGGAUAUCAUAAUGCUACGUCGAGUGAACUAGAUGGUUUUCUACUUUUUCUUUCUAAAGCUGAAUUACGUGUGAAAUUAUUUGGAUUAACUAUUCGACCGGGUAAACUUAUAUUUAUCGGCAUAACAUUUUUUCUCAUAUUUAUUGUUCUUUUUCAAACGAGUAUUCUUUCGAGUGCAAAUUUUUUCUUGUAA